ACCCCUGACAAAAUCUCACUCCAAGGUUUUUUGAAAAGUUGGCAGCUCUACAACCAUGUUAACUUAAGUUUGACAUAUAUUUUUUUAUGACGGCUCAAAUGGUUCCGUCUUCACUGCGUGUUUCUGGACAACUAAAGAUGUAACACACAAUCUCGCAAACAUCCGCUCCAGUUAUCAUGAUUACGAAAGCGUGACUUGUUUUCACCUCGUAACUGCGCCAGUGAAUAUAGACAGACGCCAGCGAGCAGAUGGCCUCGUUUGGAUGGCUUAUUUAGGACCUCGACUGGGACCGUCACGCAUCUUCGUCCCCGGUGUGUCCGCCUUCAGACUCCUCGGUACGGUCGGGAUGGCCGACAUGGGUCUGGCGACCAGUCGUUCCCCGUUGGAGCGGCUCGACUUCGACAACGUCGCCCUAAAGAAACUCCCCGUGGACUCGUCCGAGGAGCUCGGGGUGCGCCAGGUGAAAGGAGCGUGUUUCUCCCGGGUGAAGCUCCAGCCGCUGACCAAGCCCCGGUUCGUGUCCGUGUCGCACGAAGCCCUGGCGCUGCUGGGGCUCAGCGGGGAGGAGGUCGCGAGCGAUCCGCUGGGGCCAGAGUAUCUCAGCGGAUCCAGACUCCUGCCUGGGUCCGAGCCCGCUGCUCACUGCUACUGCGGCCACCAGUUCGGACAGUUCGCCGGGCAGCUGGGCGACGGGGCGGCCUACUACUUGGGGGAGGUGAAGGUGCCCCCCGGACAAGCUCCCGAACUGCUGCGGGAAAACCCGAGCGGUCGGUGGGAGAUUCAGGUGAAAGGAGCUGGAUUGACCCCUUAUUCCAGACAAGCGGAUGGCCGUAAGGUCCUGCGCUCCAGCAUUAGAGAGUUCCUGUGCAGCGAGGUGAUGCACUUCCUGGGUGUCCCCACCACCAGAGCCGGCUCCGUAGUGACCUCUGACAGCAGGGUCGUACGAGAUGUCUACUACAGUGGGAAUCCUCGCCAUGAGAGAUGCUCCGUGGUCGUCCGUAUUGCUCCCACCUUCCUCAGGUUUGGAUCCUUUGAGAUCUUCAAGCGGGCCGACGAGCACACAGGCCGUCAGGGUCCCAGCUAUGGACGGGAUGAGAUCCGAGGUCAGAUGAUGGAUUAUGUCAUUGAGAUGUUUUACCCUGACAUCCAGCAGAAUCACCCAGAUAGGGUGGAGAGGAACGUGGCUUUCUUCAGAGAGGUGAUGCUCCGCACGGCCCGACUCGUGGCUCAGUGGCAGUGUGUGGGUUUCUGCCAUGGAGUCCUGAACACAGACAACAUGAGCAUCCUGGGACUCACGCUGGACUACGGUCCAUAUGGCUUUAUGGACAGCUUUGAUCCGGAUUUCAUUUGCAACGCCUCCGACAACUCCGGCCGAUACUCCUACCAGGCCCAGCCAGCUAUCUGCAGGUGGAACCUGGUGAAGCUCGCGGAGGCUCUUGCUCCAGAGCUGCCGCCGGACCGGGCUGAGGCCGUGAUGGACGAGUACCUGGAUCUGUAUAACGGCUUCUACCUGGAGAACAUGAGGAAGAAGCUGGGCUUAUUGAAGAAGGACGAGCCAGAGGAUGAGAUCCUGAUUACGGAGCUGCUGCAGUCCAUGCACAACACCGGAGCUGACUUCACCAACACCUUCCGUAGCUUGAGUCAGAUUUCCUGUCCCACUGAGGGGGAAAGUGAAGGAGACGAGGAGCCUGUCAAGAAAGCCACAGACCUCCUGCUGGAGCAGUGCUCCUCCUUAGAGGAGCUCAAGGCUGCAAACAAACUCACUAUGGAUCCACGCGAGCUGGCGAUGCUGCACUCUAUGGCUCAGAGCAACCCGGCACUGUUCCAGAUGAUCUCAGACAGGACGACAAUUGCGAGGCAGUUAGACAAACUCAGCAAACUGAAAGACCUGAUUGAGACCAGCCAGGAAGAGCUGAAAGCCAAACAGGCAGAGGAGUGGAGUCGCUGGAUCACACGCUAUAGGAAGCGCCUGGCUCGGGAGCUACAAGGCCAGAGUGAUGUGCAGGCUGUGCAGGAGGAGAGGGUGAGGGCGAUGGACAGCACCAACCCCCGCGUGGUGCUCAGGAACUACAUUGCCCAGAAUGCAAUUGAGGCUGCUGAGAACGGAGACUUCUCUGAGGUCCAGCGAGUCCUCAAGGUUCUGGAGAAGCCUUUUUCUUCGCAGCCGGGUCUGGAGCCGUCUGCAUGGGCGGGCGGAGGUGAGGCCACCAAGCAGGGAGAGAGGGAUGAAGGAGAGGAACAACAACAGCAAGAGGCGGCCUCUGCACCCACAGCCAGAAAUCCAGUUCCCUAUGACAGCAGGCCCCCAGCUUGGGCCCAUGAAAUCUGUGUCACAUGAUCUUCGUAAUCACUUCCUUGUUCGCUUUCCUGCCUAAAAUGAUGAGAGUUUAUUGGUCUUGUGCAUUUGUUAUGUCCCUUCCAUUUAAUGUACAACUCUCCAUUACUACGGCAGGCAGCGUCGGGGAAGUUAGCAUGAUGCCCCAUAGGCUACCUAGCUAAACCAAAGCAGACAGGCAGUGGGUUGAUGUUAGUGGCACAAAUGCAUAUAGAUACAAAUAUGAUUUUCAGCAUAUGUGAAAUGUGGUUAAUUUCCUCCAUUGCCUGACAGUCCUGCUUAAAAUUAUAUCAAAAGUGAUUUGAUGAGGAAAUUGAUAGUUGCUGGUUUAUUUAAGGUGGAUUUCUUUUGGAAUUCCUUGAACCCAAGAUGCGUUAGAAGAACUGGCACACAACAAAAGGAAGAAAAUUACAUCCAAAGACAUCAGCUCAUUCCCUGUCUGCUUGGUGUUUAACUAGCUAUUAAUGACGAUUCAGACAACAAGUCCUCCAGUGACCUGUCUGACUCUGACAAACUGUGAGGUGCCGCCUCAACAUAUACCAAAUAAUGUGUGUGUGUGUGUGUGUGUGUGU